CAACAUUUAUUGGGCACCUAGGAUGUUCUAGACACAGUGCUAAGUAUUGGGGAUACGAAAAGAAACAAAAAACAGUUCCUGUUCUCGAGGAGCUUACAAUCAAUGGGGGAUGGGGAACAACAUGCAAAUACAUACAAAAUAGGCUACAUACAGAUAAAAGGGAAAAAAGUAGAGGAAAGACAGCCAAAUUAAGGGGGUUGUUUAGUGAAUUUAGAUAUCUUAACCACUUCCUUAGGGAGAGACAACGCAUUCAGUAUGAGAAUGUUUGGGACAUGGCCAAUGUUUGGUAUUUGUUUCGCUUGACUAGUCAUAGUCGUCACGAGAGUUUAGUGUUUUAUUUUUGUUUUUUUUUCCCAAGUGCCGAGGAUGGGUUGGGACUGAGAGAAAACAUAUUUUUGUUCAUUGAAAGAAUAAAAAAUGUAAUCUGGUGCAGCUGCAAAUCUUCUCAGGCUGAAGUUCCCUGGAACCCAUAAGAGACUCUAGGGCCAAUCAGGUGACGUAAGAAAUGAAGAGAUUUCCUCCGCCUCAACUGAGGAUGGAUCCCUGGUGAGGACGCCUCCGACACGCCUCUAUUCCUCCGCACCCGAGGCGGCGCUGUGUCACAGGAGCCCCGGCAAGUAGCGGCGUCUCAGGCUGGUGCUGAACUGGACUCCCGGGAUGCACCGCGUGCACCCGGCUACAGCUGCCGGUUGCAAGGGGAGAUCAGCUGGGACCGGGCUGGGGCCGGAGCCCUGGUGCUCAAGCACCAGGGGCAGCCCAGCUCGGGGCCCGCCCUCCGGGGGCUCAGAGUGGCCCGGGGACGAGCUCGGCUCCCCCGCUCCGGCCCCUGGCUCGGCGCCCUCCCCAUUGUCGGACCCUUCUCCUGCCGGACGUCCUGGGACGGGCCGCUGGCAGAGCGGGGCGGGAGGAAGAGAGAGGAGGGGACGGGCUAGAGUCGGACUCCCUGGAGCCGUCCGAGUCUCAGCCUUCCCGGGGCCCCGGCUCCACACCGAGGGCCAUGGCCGCGGCGGCGCCGACUUCGGUCCCAGUGAAGUUUGAUGAUGUGGCCAUAUAUUUCUCACAGCAAGAGUGGGAUAUUCUUGACGAUUGGCAGAAAGAUCUUUACAAGCAUGUGAUGAGGGCCAAUUAUUCAACCCUGGUUUCAUUAGAUUAUACCAUUCCCAAACCAGAUUUGAUAUUUCGGAUUGAAUUAGGAGAAGUAUUAUUUGUCGGGAAUUGGGGAAAUUUGGAACAAACAGAAAUAGGAGUCAGCCUGAGUGCUUAUGAGCAUUUCAACUUGAAGAUCACUGAAAAGCACCUAUUUAGGGGGAACCAUGGAGCUAUAAGAACAAAAAAGGAAGGAGGUGAUUUAGAUGGUUCUCAAAAGCAGUGCUCUGAUAAAAGGAAAGAGAUUUCUUCCAAGUCAAAUCAAAAAGGCACUGUGGAAUAUCUAUGCCUCCAAGACAUGCAGACUCCAAUUCCAAAAUUAGAGGACUCUACCCAGAGUGACAGAAGCGACAGCCACAAAACCUUCAGCUCACCCAAUCACCAGGAAUCCUACUCAGGACAAAAAAUUUGCUCCUAUCCUGCCUUAGGGAAAAACGUCCAGGCAAAAGGACUUCAAGUGAAACACCAUAGCAACCACACAAAGAACAAUCUGUGCACAUGUUCAAAAUGCAAAGAAAAAGUGAGAAAACAGUCUGGCUUACAUUUGCAUUAUGGGAAGAAGUGCUUCCAGUCUAAUGAAUGUGAGAAGAACUUUAGCUACAAUGUGAAUCGGCAUUAUCGCCAGUUCAUACCUGUAGGGAAAAAGCUAUUCCAGUGUUCCGAAUGUGAUAGGAGCUUUCGAUGGGAGGCUGGUUUAAAAUCCCACCAGAGCCUACACAGUGGAAAUGGACAAUUUUCCUGUAAUACAUGUGGCAAGGUUUUCAUUCGGAAAGCUAGGUUUAUCACCCAUAUCAAAUUACACACAAGUGAGAAUCCUUUUCAUUGCCCAGUGUGUGGCAAGAGAUUCUUUAAGAGGAAGUACCUCCUCAGACACCAGCAGCUCCAUUCAGGAAAAAGGCCUUUCCAGUGCCCUGAGUGUGGUAAGACUUUCUGUCGAAAAUCCUACAUGAAGGCCCACCAGCGCUUACACAGCACAGAGAGGCCGUUUGCCUGCACACAGUGUGAAAAGGACUUCACUCACCAGUAUAAACUCACUGAACAUAUGCGGGUACAUAGUGGGGAAAAGCCUUUCCAGUGCCCUGAGUGUGAUAAGAGCUUUAGCCGAAAGUCCCACAUGAAGGCCCAUCGACGCUUACACAGUCGGGACUGGCCUUUUUCUUGUAGAGAGUGUGGCAAAGGCUUCACCCAGCGGUAUAGACUCACCAGACAUAUGAGGGUGCAUAGCGGAGAGAAGCCCUUCCAGUGCACAGAAUGUGGCAAGAGCUUCCGACAGAAGGCAAGCCUUCUUCAUCACCAGCUCAUGCAUAUGGGAGACAUUGCCUUUCUCUUUAAGUGCCCGGAGUGCAAUAAGAGCUUCCACCAGAAGAAAAGUCUGCUCAACCAUCAACUCAUGCACACAGGUGAGAGACCCUUUCAGUGUCCCAAAUGUGAUAAGAGAUUCCGCCUCAAGGGCAACAUGAAGGCCCACCAGCGCCUGCACAGCGGCAUCAGACCGUUCUCCUGCGCAGUGUGUGGCAAGGGCUUCACUCAUAAGUCCAAGCUGACCAGCCACACCAAGGUACACACUGAGGAGAAGCCUUUUCAGUGCCCUCAGUGUAAUAAGAGCUUCUGCCACAAGAGGAGCCUGAUUAAUCACCAGUUGGUACACACAGGGGAGAGACCCUACCAUUGCCCUGACUGUAACAAGAGCUUCUCUUCUAAGGCCUAUGUAAAGGCCCACCAGCGAAUACAUAAGGGAGAGAAGCCAUUUUCCUGUAGUGAGUGUGGCAAGAACUUCACCAAUCAGUUUAGGCUCACAGAACACAUCCGAGUGCACACUGGGGAGAAGCCCUUCCAGUGCCCUGAGUGUGACAAGAGCUUCCGUCAGAAGAGGAGCCUCAUCAACCAUCAGCUUGUUCACACAGGUGAGAGACCCUUCCAGUGCCCUGAAUGUAAUAAAAGCUUCCGCUGGAAGGCUGGCAUGAAGGCCCACCAGCGUCUGCAUAGGGGCGAGAGGCCAUUUCAGUGCCCUGACUGUGACAAGAGCUUCUCUUUGAAGGCCUAUCUGAAGGCCCACCAGCGAAUACAUAAGAGGGAGAAACCAUUUUCCUGUAGUGAAUGUGGCAAGAACUUUGCUGAUCAGUUUAGGCUCACAGAGCACAUCCGAGUGCACACUGGGGAGAAGCCCUUCCAGUGCCCUGAGUGUGACAAGAGCUUCCGUCAGAAGAGGAGCCUGACAAACCACCAGCUUGUACACACAAGUGAAAAACCCUUCCAGUGCCCCGAGUGCAACAAGAGCUUUCGGUGGAAAGCUGGAAUGAAGGCCCAUCAACGUUUACACAAGGGCGAAAGAGUGUUUUCCUGCAGUGAAUGUGACAAGUGUUUUUCUAAGCAAUCUAAACUUGAUGAGCAUAUCCAAAUUCACAAUGGAGACGAACCCUUCUAGUAUUCUAAAUGUGACAAGCUUCCAGUAACAAAAAAGCAAAAAAGGUGCCUCAAUAACCAUUUGGCUUGCCAGUGCCUAGCUAAUAGUGAGACACCCUUCUGCAAGCAGGGGAGGCAGAGGCUGCUCCCAGCAGUCUGAAUGCAUCCCCUACGUGGACUUAGCCACCACGGUCAUAUAACUUGGCAGCACUUUGGACCAAUAACAGGGUCACUGGAGCUAAGACAGAAUUGACAACAUCAAGGAUGUCCUUGAGCUUCCAGAGUAUAAAAUGUUCUUUCUUCCUCCUCAAAUUUCCUAAAGCACUUUGUCUAAAUCUCUCCAUAGCCUCUGUUACACUCUCUUUCAUGUAUCCUACUUAUCUAUGUGCAUGGGAUCUCAAUUCCCCCUUUUUAAUUGCUCCCCUCUCUCCCAAAAUGUAAGCAACUUGAGGGCAAGGACUGUUAUUUUUUAAUCUUUGUAUCCCCAGCAUCUAACACAGUACCUUACACACAGUAGGCACUUAAUGAUUGUUUCUUGAAUUUAAUUAAAUUGGCAGAACUGUGGGCUAUCUGAGAAACCACAGUAGCCAAUAGACUAGCCUAGAAGGUGGAAAUCCAGAACUGAGGGCUUUUGUUAUGCAAAGAUGAUAGUCCACCUAGUAAACUUUGAAACUUCAUAAUUGUAGUCAUGCUUCCUCUUCUUUGCUGGAAAAAGUCAUUUGGUCCCAUAAUCUAAUUCCUGCUUCUUUCACAGUACCACUAAGAAGCUUCUUUACCAAAUAGUGAGAGCACCUUGAGACUGGAACCCAUGUGGGAAAUUAAAAAAAAAAAACAAACAAAAACUGGCAAGGAUGGAAUCCUUCCCCUGAAAUCUGGAGAAUAGAGAUAAUAGCUAGCUAUUUUUUCUGUUACUCCUGCACUCUCUCCUCAGGUGUACAACUUCUGUUGGAAGUAGUGAUAUUGUCCACAAACCACAGGAUGUGUACGUUCAAAUUAAGAGCUACUUAGGUAAUUCUAAUGUUAUAACUCUAUUUGCUAAAGUAACAACUCUAAUGCUAAAGACUCUCAGAGUUUUAUACCGAAGCAAAGCAUAUUUAAAGGAUGGCUUAGAUCAGUUACUGUUCUGUAACCUCUUGUUCAGAUAUAGCAGGCUGUGAAUUGAUGCACAGUUUAAUAAGUCAUGCCUCUUCCAGGACUUAAUUCCUGAUUCCUGGGGGCACCGUAGUUAAUUUUUUAAAAAAUGCAUGGUAGGCAGUCAGAACCACUCCCUGAGUUGACUCAGUGCCCCUGACACAAGAUUGUACAAAUGUGGCAGGAUAUAAACUAUUGGCAGUUCCUUUAGAUAUAUGGGAUAGUCUUGAGCUGGUCCUUAAAGGGAGGCAGGGGUUAGAAGAAGCUGGUGACAUGUGAUACCCCUAUCUUUUCUUGGAGAGAACUGUAAUCCAAGAGAAGCUAAUUCCUGGUAAACAAUAACUUAAACCUGGUAAACAAAGCUUCAACAUAGAAAUGAGCAUGUGUCCAUUAUAAGAAUAGUUAAUGAAGUCAGUUCAAUAAUGCAACUAUAUUCCACUAUCCUAGUCCUUGAUUGCAUUAGACUUAAGUCUAAGAGUGUAUAAUUAGGCCAUUGGAAGACACAUAAAUAGGUAAGGUUCUUGUAGGCAUUGUGAUUAUGUCAUCAAAGACAUCAAACUAUAUAAAGUCCAAGACCUGGGUGCAAAACCAAGUUUUUCUUACUGGGUUAAAGUCUACAUUUCACUUGUCUGAGCUAGAGCUAGUAGGGAUACACUUAGAACCAUUUCCUUAUUAUCUUUUGAUCCUAUCUUUAAUGCUAAUAUCUGCUGGUGGAGGCCUUGGCUUAUAUACUGGAAUCAACCACUGGGGAUCUUUCUAAAUAUGUUCACAGUCCCUUUUGUAACCUCUUAAAUUGAUGCUUUUUGGGUUUUUUUGAUAGUACCACAACCAUUACCAAAAUAUCUCUUCAUCCCUUAGAAUCCUGCCUUGUAACAAAAAUGGUUAAGCAAAAACAACUGUGUUUGGCAGUAUAUGCAGCAUUCUUAUCCCGUAGCUCCUCACCUUUUCUGAGAACGUGUUUUGUCAUCUGUUCUUAGGAACAGAAUUGGUCCACUGUAACCUUGAGUUCUGCCUGUUAGUGUUACUUUCAUUUGCCUUGUUGUAGUCAUUGUGUAUAUUGUGCUAAUGUUGCCUAUUUUGUUCUGUCAGUUUGUAUAAGUCUGUACUUUUUGUCUUUUACAGUGCAACAGUAUUCCAUUACAUUCCUGUGCAAUAA